UUUAAUUUUGACAGUUAUAGGAAAAACAGAAUGAAGGAGGCAAUGUCAAAUAACAGUACAACAAGUAUAUCUCAAGCAAGAAAAGCAGUGGAACAACUAAAAAUGGAGGCCUACUUGGACAGGAUAAAGGUAUCCAAGGCAGCUGCUGAUUUGUUGGCAUACUGUGAUGCUCAUAUGGGAGAAGAUCCACUUAUUAUACCAGUGCCUGCAUCUGAAAAUCCCUUCAGGGAGAAGAAGCUGUUGUGUACUAUUCUUUGAAUUCCCUUAAAAUUUUAAAAAAUACGUCCUUUGUGAAAAUGUUACUGAUGGUGCAUGCUUUUCCUGAAGACCUCAUCUCAGCACACAAUAAUUUAGUUCAGUAGUGACUUUCUAAGAAAACAGUACCAUUUGAGGUUACUGUAAGUAUUUUACAUGAAUGUCUAAGAUAAUGUAAACUUUUCUAUCAAUUCUCUAUAGUAAAUAUUUCUGUUGUCGAUAGUUAUUUUGUAAUGAAGGAACUCUAUUUAGUCUCAGAUGUAUGACAGUUUGCCAGUUAGCCACUUAUGUGUGUGUACGUCUGUGAGAGAAACAGUUAUUGAGAUGAGCAAUACCAACUCUGUUUUUAAAAAAAUGUUUAUUUUAGUUUAAAAAAGUGAGUUCAGCAAGUAGUGUUAUGCUUGGUGAUACCAGUGAAAAUACUGGAACUAUUCAGAAUCUAGUUUUACCACUUCAUUUUAGGGAUUAAUCUGCUAACAACCUUUGUUUUUGACUGCAUCAAAAGCAAUUCUAGAUGAUGAACAUAACAAAAACCUGCAAACCCCACUAAGACUGUGCAGAUUUUAAUCCAUAAAUCAGAAAUGACAUCCUAGAAGAUUAGUAGGAUCAGUGUGUGUAGCAUGUAUAAUUGACAGAUUGCUGCUUGGACUUCCACACAUUUAAGUAGUAUUUUAUACAAGUAAUGAGUCUUAUGCUUCCAGUUUAUAAAACAUGAACCCAGCAGUGCAGGUAGGUAUCACCUGGACACACCUUUAAUAAUUGCUUUUACCCCAGGUUUGUCUCUGAAUGCUGUUACUACAAUUUUGCAUGCAUUGAGUAAAUGUGUUUUUUAUAUCACCGCCUCAUGUUAGCUUUUAUCCUUAAACAUUUCCUUGUAUCCUCUAAAUAAAGGCAAAAGGAUUACUAUGAUUUCCCUUUUGGACUGCCACCUUUAACUUGCCUCAUACUAUGUGCUCCACAGGUUUACUGUGAUCUAAGUCUUUUCUCCUCAUUCAUGUUUUUAUGCUUUUGAUAUUAAUUUAAUAAAAAGGAUUCUGAUUUGUGA